CCUCUUUUUUGACGAGUCUCACUAGUCACGACUGUAUUCCACUUUACUUCUUGUAUUACUUUCAAAAGGGUCAUUAGAGGCUGCAAUGGCUCGAUAAUACCAGGCUCGUCUUCUCGAAGGACCCCUCCCGCUGAUAAGACCAACUUUAGCUUUGGACCCGCCAAUCAGUGCUGUUUCUCGCCCGCCGUGGAAGUUUAUCCUUCUCCUUUCCACCCCUUUCUUCUCAAUGCCGACUCUUCCGAUUUUUGGCUCCCCUUCAUGCCUUGACAAGCAUGGUCCCAGCGCCCCGUCGCUGUCUUCGAUGCGCCCGUUCAUCCGUUCAGUGUGACGGGAAAUCUCCUUGUCUUCGGUGCCAUAACUCUCGUCUUCCUUGUCAUUUCGAAGGUGACCCGCCCAAGGUCCAGAAAGCAAGCUCCGACCUACCUUACCGAUCGCAAUCAACUUCAGCUUCCUCGUCAUCGUCAACCUCUCAGCAAGCCCGGUCGUCGAGCCAGGAGCUAUUAUGGAUCUCCCGCGAAGGCCGAAGUGACGCGCGCUAUUUGAAUCUAUCGCCCAAUCACGGAAACGUUACGCCUUCGCUCGUCGCUAAGGCUGCGGCUGCGGGGCAGAUUCAAUUGUAUAUCAACUUUGUACUAGACGCGUAUCCAUGCUACUUCAAAGCUACCGAAACUCGAGUACCGAUCAAUUGGGUGGAAUAUGUCGCCGGGAGAGAGAGCGGCAGCGCGCCUUUCGAUCUAGCCGUCCGCAGCAUAACCACCAUGUAUGCCGGUAGUCGGCAUAACGACCCUUACUAUGCCGAUGUUGGUCGAGAGUUUUACACCAGGGCGAUACGCGGUCUUUCUGCCGUGUUGAACGAUGAGUCCAAGGCCAAAUCGGACGAAGCAUUAGCCACUGCCAUCACUCUUGCGGUCUACGAGAUGCACUGCUGCACCACAUCAGAUGAUUGGAUCCAUCAUGCUGCGGGUAUCCGAGCUCUGAUGCGCCUUCGAGGGCCCCAAGCACAUUAUAGCGGGUUUGGCUGUGCACUGUACAUCGCAUAUCGCAAUACCCUCGUCACGUCUGCGCUGGUCAGUGGGGAGGAUUGUUUCUUAGAGGAACCCGAGUGGCAGGCUCUCAACGAGCAUAUCGCUGCGGACAAUGCCAAGCAGCCAGAUUCCUCGGUGUAUACGGACAUCACCGAACGUGCUUUCCGGGAGGUUGUCAAACUUCCAGGAUUUGUGAAGCGAACUCGUGCCAUCCAAGGUCUCUCAUUAGGUGCACAAAAACGCGAGUGCCCUACACUUCUACGGGAGAUCCUCGCCACGCGCGCCUCGCUGCGGGGCAUUCACACCGAGUUCAGCAUGACAGCCUCCACACUCCGGGCUGGGCGAGAACCGAAAACCGGUUUCAUCGGGCCGAUCCCACAUCAUUUCUUCGACGGAUUCUCGACCCUGACCAUGCAGGGUAUUCGCUCGAGCAUUCUCCUCCUCAACUAUGUCAUUAUCCUCCUCGACCCGUCGCAACGACCAUCCGCGGAAGCAGAGAACCGGAUUAUCGCAGAUCGAAUGCGAGCUGCGAGGGGUUCCCGGUCUGCCGAUAGCCUUGAUGGGUCAUCUUCUCCUUUAACACCCCCGGGGUCACCGGGACGACCGCGGUUGCUGAUUGAGUCCCGAGUGACUCCAGAAACACGCCAGCCUCCAACUACCGACUGGAUGGAUCGUAUCGCUACAACCAUGGGUAUGGAAGGUGUACGAAUUAGUCUUGUCGAUGACGGUUGAAGAUAGAGUGUUUUUUUGCGGAAAAGUUUCAAUAUUAUUAACGAUGGUUGGCGCUCCUCUGUGAUAUCUGGAGCUACAAUUGGUUUUCCACGGCUUUAGAGCUCCGACACGGCUCUGUGGGCGCGUUUUAAGUGUUCAAUAUAUAUGACAUAAAUGCUCCGUAUUGAAUAUCUAUCAAUUUAUCAAAGCACAAGGCACUCUUUCAUUGCAUUGGAAGGAAUAGCCAAGCCAGCUUGGUUGCAGAAAUCAACAAGGGUCAUAGAUGUUUGGUCUUGAAGAUCAUGAGUCGAUCUAUCGAUCUUGGGCAACAAGUCUCCAGCUCGUUCGAUCAUGUCAUAAUCUCAUCUAAUCAAUCAUCACUUUCCAGUAUCCCAUGUCCCGGCCAGCCGGGUCGAGGGUAACGAUAUUCCUCAUCCGAACCGCUAAAUUCCAAAAAUUCGUCAAAAUUCAAAUUUCCCAUACUCAAGUUGAGAUGACCAUCGUGGGCAUCACGCCCCUUAAUCCGACCAUAUAGAAGACCUCUAAUUGAAGGGUCCUCAACAUCUCUCAACAGUUCGGUCGCUCGUUCAUCAUCCUGUGGCCAGAUAUAAUGAUCCGUGUCCACCAUGAGGACUGUCUGAUCGACGCCGGACUGCUCAUCAAUGAAGAAUAUUGGCAUCUGGCAAGAAGUACACUGUCGUAUUUCCCAGAAGAUCCUCCAGAUAUCGUCGAUAGUCCCGUCGGGAGCAUUUUGGUUGCCCUCUUCCCAGGGAACGAAACAACACGCCUUUUGACCGUCGAGCCGUGCGUCCUCCGUGUGUAAUUCCGUCUUCAAUGCAAGGAUAUUAUCAUGCGGGA